AGCAGCUCUCCUCCUUGGUCGGUCUCUGCUUCAGUUUCUGCCUCAAGUUCUUACCUUCAAUUCCUGUCCUGACUUCACUUCAUGACAACUGUAAGCCGUAAGGAGAACAUUCCUUUCUACAAUCAAUCAACAUGAACGCAGUAGCAGACACAGCCGUGUUUUUUGGAAAGUUUCUAUAUUACUUUUUAGAAUCUGUAAUUUUCAAGAUAAUUCCUAAAAGGAAAAAGGAUGUUACUGGAGAGAUUGUCCUUAUAACAGGAGCUGGAAGUGGACUUGGAAGGCUACUGGCCAUGCAUUUUGCCAGCCACGGAGCCAUUUUAGUUCUCUGGGAUAUCAAUCAAGAAGGCAACAUGGAAACAUGUAGACUGGCCAAAGAAAAAGGUGGUGUGAAAGUCUUUGCCUAUAAGUGUGACUGCAGCAACAGGAAAGAGGUGUACAGGGUUGCCGAUCAGGUUAGAGAAGAAGUUGGUGAUGUCACCAUUCUCAUUAAUAAUGCAGGUGUUGUAACAGGGAAACCCUUCCUUGAUAUCCCAGAUCACAUGGUAGAAAAAUCAUUUCUCGUCAAUGCCAUCUCUCAUUUCUGGACUUGUAAGGCCUUCCUUCCUGCCAUGAUUAAAGCUGACCAUGGUCACCUGGUCUGUAUUUCAAGCAUAGCAGGAUUAGUGGGUAUUAAUGGACUAUCAGAUUAUUCUUCAAGCAAAUUUGCAGCUUUUGGCUUUGCUGAGUCCCUCUUCCUUGAAUUAACUAUGCUAAGAAAAUCUAAAGUUAAAAGCACCAUCGUCUGCCCAUAUUUCAUCCAAACUGGAAUGUUUGAAGGCUGUACAACCAAGUAUCCACUUCUGUUACCUCUACUGGAGCAAGAGUAUGUGGCUCAAAAAAUUUUCAAUGCGAUUUUAGAGGAACAAGUUUACCUCCUCAUACCCAAGUUUGCAUAUUUCGCAUUGAUUCUCAAACAAAUGAUAUCUCCAAAAAUGAUGAUUGCCCUUGGUGAGUACCUUGGUGUGGAUUCCUGUAUGACGUCGUUCAGAGGGAGAACAAAGGCAGAAGAACUGCAGGCUGAAACAGAAAGGAAACAGGAAUAACCUAGGUCACAGACAUGAUAAUCACAUGCAGAGAUGAGAUGGUAUCCUGUUUGGAAUCCCCCUAGCAGUUGCAUCAUGCCAGCCUACCCAGGCUUCAAAAGUUUGCAGCUUCUCAUCCCAGGAGACAGUUUGCACUCGGCUCUUUCUUUUCUUCUCUCAGUUUUUUGUUGUUGUUGUGUUUGUUUGUUUGUUUUUAGUUCAAACAGGUUCUCAAUAUACUGUCUAGGUUGUCCUUUCAAAAUCCUCCCACUUUAGCCUCUGAGGGCUGGAUUUGUAGACAUAUAUCACCACACUGAUACUUUUCUAAACAUUUAUAUUAUUUAUCCAGAUUCCCAUGUAAUUCUUCAGUUUCCUAAAUAAAAAUGUCACAGUGCUUCCAGUGAUCUCUGAUCACACAGAUCAUAUAUUUAUAAAAUGUUAAUGCAAAUUGGCCCUAAUCUUAAUCAAAAAUAGAAUAUAAGACACUUCCAGGAAUGAGGUAAUUAUAAGUAAUGAGCUUGUAAAUCAGUGUUGUGGACUGAUAAUUCUUUAAUAUCCUAUUUAAACAUACAUAUUAAUUUUGUAGUUAAAAAUGUUUACUUCACAAAAUGAAGGCUGGUUUGUAUUGCCUAAUUAACCCUACUAGGUUUAAAUGAUCAUAUGAAGACUGUGAGUGGGACUGAAACUGAACAUGCUUAUUGGAUUGAAAAAAAUCUGUAACAUCAGUUUUGUUUGCAUCCCAAUAUGUUGAACAAUUCUUCACUGUUUCAAUCCAUAAGAAAAAUAAACACUUUAGAUCUUCUACUCUCUGCUGGCUUAUAAAUAAAACUUAUUUUUGUAACAACCUCAAAAAUACUACCUUAUUUAAUAUAUCUUAAUUCAACUUAUUUUUCAAACACCUAACAUGGGAAUUUAUACUUCAUGUCUUGCCAUUUCAUACACAAUCCUAACAACGGCACUUCUGGUGAUAUCUGGGCUAAAGAUGCUUCUUUAACUGUAGUUACUACAUACUGAUCCCAUUCACCUCUCCUACAUCCAAGAACUAGUGAUAGUGAUGCCAGAAAUUUACAUUUCUACUGCAUUACAAUAUGUCUUCCAUUAGUGAGAGAGCUUAUUACUAAUAUCUAUUCUUAUUUUACUGGGACACGGUCCUAAUACAUUCAUGCAACUAAAGCAUGGUUUACCUUGUGGCAGAAAAAGAAGGGAAAGGUGGCCUAACAGAAAAAUAAAGCAGUAAGGUGAGAGGAUGUCGGACAGUUUUGUGAGUUUAAAAAUGGACAUGAUUUGCUUUCACUGUGUACUCUAGGGAGAGUCUUUUUAUCCACUGGUUCAACACAUAUUUACCAAGUACCUGAUAUCUAUAACACUAUAAACAGAGAGAUGAGUAAGACACUCACUAAAUAUAGAACAAGAGCUUCAAGGUGCUGCUAACCACACAGAGACUUUGGUUUGGUUUAGUUUUGCCCUUUUCCUGGUCAAUAUUGUUCGUCAAUAUUGUAGACUUAGAGUAUUUAAAAACCGUACAGUCUGUUCUCCUGCUUUUUAUUUGUAUUGACAUAUUCUGCAUGAAAAAUUAAUAAAAUCUUUACCUCUCUGCAUGA